AGUCCACCCAGUGAUUACAUGACGGCGGAGUCAGCUUCGAGGCGCUUCCAGUUCUAGAAUAUUCAGUCGCUUUCGCGAAGUUUCCAGGCAGCCUCAGUUACUAAAAUGAAGGCCAACGAGAGCGUGACGUACAGGGAGCGUUCUAGAAACUAGCUUUCACUAUAUAAGCAACAACUACAGACGGUCGAGGCAUUACUUUUUGAAAGACUCAAGGCGCCACUGGAGCGACACCUAAACACACGGGAAACUUAUCAGCAAGGCUCUUUGAGCUCCCUCCGACGAGAACAAAAUUAAACAAUCCAAGAUGUCUUCAGCAAAAGGAGUAUCUAUUGGCAUUGAUCUCGGUACAACCUACUCCUGUGUGGGAGUGUUUCAGCAUGGGAAGGUUGAGAUUAUUGCCAAUGACCAGGGCAACAGAACCACCCCUAGCUAUGUGGCUUUCACUGACAAUGAAAGGCUAAUUGGAGAUGCCGCGAAAAACCAAGUGGCCAUGAAUCCCACCAACACCGUCUUCGACGCCAAACGGCUCAUUGGCCGAAAGUUUGACGAUCCCAUUGUACAGUCUGACAUGAAGCUUUGGCCCUUCAAUGUCAUCAGCGACGGUGGGAAGCCCAAGGUCCAGGUGGAGUACAAAGGGGAGACAAAGGCCUUCUACCCUGAGGAAAUCUCAUCCAUGGUUCUAGUGAAGAUGAAGGAGAUAGCAGAGGCCUACCUUGGUCAGAAGGUGUCCAAUGCAGUCAUCACAGUUCCAGCUUACUUUAAUGACUCGCAGAGGCAGGCCACCAAGGAUGCUGGAGUCAUCUCUGGCCUGAACGUCUUGAGGAUUAUCAAUGAGCCCACAGCAGCUGCUAUCGCAUACGGCCUGGACAAGGUCAAAAGAGGGGAGCGCAAUGUAUUGAUCUUUGAUCUGGGUGGGGGUACCUUUGACGUGUCCAUUCUGACCAUUGAGGACGGCAUCUUUGAGGUGAAGGCCACAGCUGGGGACACUCACCUGGGCGGGGAGGACUUUGACAACCGCAUGGUCAACCACUUUAUGGAGGAGUUCAAGAGGAAACACAAGAAGGACAUCAGCCAGAACAAGAGGGCGGUGCGAAGGCUGCGCACGGCCUGUGAGAGGGCCAAGAGAACCCUGUCCUCCAGCACCCAGGCCAGCAUCGAAAUCGAUUCUCUGUUUGAAGGCAUCGACUUCUACACCUCCAUCACCAGGGCGCGCUUUGAGGAGAUGAAUGCAGAGCUCUUCAGGGGAACCCUAGAACCAGUUGAGAAAUCCCUGAGGGACGCCAAGAUGGACAAGACUCAAAUUCACGACAUCGUCCUGGUCGGUGGCUCCACUCGAAUCCCCAAGAUCCAGAAGCUCCUGCAGGACUUCUUUAACGACAGGGAGCUCAACAAGAGCAUCAACCCAGAUGAGGCAGUGGCGUACGGGGCUGCCGUGCAGGCUGCCAUCCUCAUGGGAGACACCUCAGAGAACGUCCAGGACUUGCUUCUGCUGGACGUGGCACCUCUGUCCCUGGGGAUUGAGACAGCAGGAGGAGUUAUGACAGCCCUCAUCAAACGUAACACCACCAUCCCCACCAAGCAGACCCAGACCUUCUCCACCUACUCCGACAACCAGCCUGGAGUGCUUAUUCAGGUGUAUGAGGGGGAGAGGGCAAUGACCAAGGAUAACAACCUGCUUGGCAAGUUUGAUCUCACAGGAAUUCCUCCUGCCCCAAGAGGGGUACCUCAGGUGGAGGUAACCUUUGACAUUGAUGCCAAUGGCAUUCUGAAUGUGUCCGCUGUUGACAAAAGCACUGGCAAAGAAAACAAGAUCACCAUCACCAACGACAAGGGACGUCUGAGCAAGGAGGAGAUUGAGAGGAUGGUGCAGGACGCUGAAAAGUACAAAGAUGAGGAUGAUAGUCAGAGGGAGAAGAUAGCUGCCAAGAACUCGUUGGAGUCCUACGCGUUCAACAUGAAAAGCAGUGUGGAGGAUGAUAAUAUGAAAGGGAAGAUAAGUGAAGAUGAUAUAAAGAAGGUUGUUGAGAAGUGCAACCAGGCAAUCUCCUGGUUGGAGAACAACCAGCUGGCAGAGAAAGAAGAGUAUGAACACCAGCAAAAGGAGCUAGAGAAAGUGUGUAACCCAAUAGUGUCCAAGCUGUACCAGGGAGGGGCCCCAAUGGGAGGGGCCCCAAUGGGAAGCUGUGGUAGUGAGGCACGGUCCGGUUCGUCUCAGGGUCCUACUAUUGAGGAGGUGGACUAAACACUGUAUGGCCUCCUUCAGAGCAUGUACUUUGGCAUCUUUGCUGUAACCGAACAUGUUUUUACUGCAAGUGUACCUUAAUGUUAUUCAAAGCUUCCAAAAACAAUGUGAUAUUUGAAACACACUCAUUUUGUAUAGGAAGACAGCACCUUGAGUUAUAUUCAGGUGGUGUUUUCUUGCUUAGCGAAUAGGGAUUUUUGACUUAACAUUUGUAACCCUGUUUGAUAAUUUACAGAUGUAUUAUUUUAGCUCGUCCAUCGCUUACUGUAUAUACUGUACAUUAUUGUCUUGUUCAUAUCUUGAUUCAUCAUAAUAAAACUUUUCCAAGAUUUCAAAAUAA